UCAUUCAGAAAGCCGCGCACAAGUCACAACAUGAAGAAACAUAACCGCGAUAAGGACCAACAUGGCGCAUAAGCGUCCAUCAUUCACACCGCCCGCCCGUCCCGUGCAGUCAGGCUCAUCGGCGAACUGCGCCCCCAUGGCUAGGCUUUCGCAUUCAGCAUCCUGAAACGUAUAACGUCAUUUAGAUCACACACACCCAUCAGGUGUGGCCCGUGCGGCUGACCUACCCCAACAAGCUCAGCGGGAACGAUUUUGCAGGCCUCGAAGUAGUUGGUGCAGGAGGGCCGACAUAGGGGCAGCGACUCGUUGUUGGCACUACACCUGCAUGGCCGUGCAUGGGAGGAAGCCACUCUGGUCUCGUCUCGUCAGGGGUGUGUCUGUCGUUUGUCUGUGUGGAUGUGAUGUGAUGUGAUGUGUGUAGUGUACCUUGGAAAGUUAAACCAGCACAAGAAGUUCUUAUAAGCAUUCUGGCAGUCUUCAUUCUGUGUCAAGUACAUGGGCGUGUCCUUCUCCUGCACAAUCCAUCCAUUCAUCCAUCCAUCCAUCCAUCGACCAUCCAUCCAUCCAUCCAUCCAUGGCACAUGUGGAGAGAUGAGAGGCAUCAUUGCAGAAAGCCAUCCAGGUAUGCGGCGCAUGGCUGACCCUGGUGAUGUUGGUCUCCUUUUUGAUUCUCGCCUCCACUUGCUGCUUGAAGAGGCUCUCCAACACCUGGUCCUUCCGCGUCGCAUCCCAAGAGGGAAAGUACCUCUGCAAUGCAAUGCCGCAAGGGCAUCCGUCCACCCCACCCGCUCCAGAAACCGUCUGCACGUUGUGUCGUCUGUUACCCACCUGUCUUGGCGGGAUGCAAGCCCUGUACCUGACGGCAUCUCGGCAGAAGGACAGGCGCUGCCGCACCUCACCCUCGUCAGCACACAGGCCAGACUUCUCCCGGCCGAUGAAGCACUUGGCCCGUUCAUCCACUGGGAGCGAAUCAGACGGGAAGCCCAGGUCAAUCUCGUCAUCCUCCUCGGCAGCGAAAUGGGCGGAGUCUGUGGAUGUGGCGCUUGUCGUGCCGUUGUCUGGUGGGGCGGAUGUGGAGCUGGCUGCCGCGUUGCUGCCGUCGAGAGGCGCAUCUGUCACCUGACCAACUGCAUGGGAGAAGGAAGAGAUCUGGACGCAAAAAUGGGCCUCUGUCUUUGCAAAUGCAGCCUACCAGAGCUGGAGAUGCGUCCAAGAUGGAGCAAGACAGCAAGAACCGAUGGCCGCAUCUUCAAAAACACGAGCGUUU